CAUUAGCUGCGGGCCUGAACGAAGACGACAACAUGGCAGCGGGUAGUGUUCUUCCCACCUAUCAACGCUAUGUAAAUGGUGUGCCUGUACCGCAAGGACGUAAAACACUGCGUUUAAGAGAGAAAUACAUAAUAUUACUAGUGUUUUUAACAUUUGGGAUAGUAUGUUUUGGGGCAUUUUUCCUUUUACCAGAUCUCCGGGACCGGGUUACAAUGGACGAAAUGAGAAAACAUAUCCAAGAAGCUGGAAACGUCAUAUUUUUCCCACAGGCCGAACUGGGGGCUGAUGGUCACCCUCUUGUUGGGGCGAAAGUUUUGAGGCAUGGUGAUAUGAUCGAUCCUCACAAGAUAGUUGACAAGGCGGAACUUCGGAAAAAAAUCGAUGUUGCAUGGGAACAGCAGAAACUGAAUGAAGCACUCGGUGAUAGGCUAAAUGUGAAACCCGGGGAAGCUCAAGACAUGAAAGACAAAAUUCAAGAAGAAAAAAAUGUAAUCUUGAUGAAGAAGAAAGAAGAAGAACAAUUGGCAAAGCAAGAAGAAAUAAAGAAACAGCUUGAAGUUAAAAAGGAGCAUGAAGGCCAUGCUUUACCUGAUGCAGCAGCAGGGGGCUCUCAUGAUGAUGAGGAAAACAAGAUGAGGAGAGAGAAAGUGAAGGAGAUGAUGAGACAUGCCUGGUCUAACUAUGAGAAGCAUGCUUGGGGAGCAAACGAACUUCGACCCAUCUCAAAACGAGGUCACACUGCCAGCAUCUUUGGAACCCUUUCUCUGGGAGCAACAAUCGUUGACGCCAUUGACACUCUUUACUUGAUGGGCAUGAAUGAAGAGUUCAAGAAGGCCAGAGACUGGAUUGCCACAAGUUUCCACUUUGAAGGGUCUACUGAAUUAUCUGUGUUCGAGACCAACAUCCGGUUUGUGGGUGGGCUACUAGCUUCCUACGCUCUGUCAGGAGACCCGAUGUUCAAGGACAAGGCGAAACAAAUUGCUGACAAGCUCCUCCCAGCCUUCAACACCCCAUCGGGCAUCCCACAGUCCAUGGUGAACAUCAAAACUGGUAGCAGUCGGAACUGGGGUUGGGCCUCUGGAGGCUGCUCCAUCCUGGCUGAGUUUGGAUCUCUACAUCUGGAAUUUGCCUAUCUGUCCUCCAUCACAGGGGAGGAUACAUACCUCAAGAAGGUUCUGAAGAUCCGGGAAGUGCUGCGACAGCUAGAGAAGCCCAAUGGACUCUACCCCAACUACCUGAACCCUCGGACUGGCAAGUGGGGGCAGUUGGCGGUGUCAGUGGGUGCUCUGGGAGACAGCUUCUAUGAGUACCUCCUCAAACAGUGGAUCAUGUCGGGCAAGACAGACACUGUAGCCAAGGACAUGUAUGAUGAAGCAGUGAAGGGUAUUGAGGACAAGCUCAUCCAGACGUCCAGCGGAGGCCUGAAGUACUUCGCCGAAUACAAGUCUGGUCGUCUGGAACACAAGAUGGACCAUAUGUCCUGCUUUGCUGGUGGAAUGUUUGCUUUGGGAGCAGAGGAUUCGAAUGACAAACAGAAAUAUCUCAAUCUUGGUGCGGAGAUUAGCAAGACUUGCUACCAGUCUUAUGAUAGAUCACCAACAAAGCUUGGACCUGAAGCAUUCCGAUUUGACAGCACAACAGAAGCCAAAGCUACAAGACAGAAUGAGAAAUACUAUAUCCUACGGCCUGAGGUGAUAGAAACCCAUUUCUACAUGUGGAGGUUCACAAAGGACAAGAUAUACCGAGACAGGGCCUGGGAGGCUGUGCAGGCUCUGGAGAAAUGGUGUCGUGUGGAUGGUGGGUACAGUGGGAUACGAGAUGUCUACCAGAUCAACCCCCCACAGGACGAUGUACAACAGAGCUUCUUUUUAGCUGAAACACUCAAAUAUUUAUACCUUAUUUUCUCUGAGGAUGAUCUUUUACCUCUAAAUAAGUGGGUACUGAAUACAGAGGCACAUCCCUUACCCAUCCUAUCCUGAAACAACUAGUUCUACUUACAUCUUAUCAUUGAAAUGUGCACAAAACCUUGGUCUUCUUCUAAUAACAUCUGACCUGCAACAUUUAGUGCAUGUUGUCGGGCGUGAGGUGGAAUGUUAUAGUCACUUUAUCUAUGUGUUCUGAAUGGCUGAGUGUGUAAAUACCUGUUAAUGGCAGUGUGCAAGAGUUUGGGAAACUUGAUAAUUUAUCACCAUAUGAAUAUUGUGUUUUGUCUGUCAACAGAGAAGCAUUGUCAUCUAUUAUGUGUUCCUGGGUAGUAUUGGUUUUAUGAAAUCAAUAAUAAGGCAUAUGUAUAUAAGUGUGAUUGCAACAAUUAUUUCAUAAUAUAUGUAUCGAACCUAAAGUUAUGUGUAGAUUAAGUGAGAAGAUAUACAAGUUUGAUUAUUAACACUAAGUUAAACACUUUGUUGUAGGAAAGUAGAUGAAGAUAUUGUGAAUAUUAUUAUUAUCACAUAUUGUGUGAUCAUGUGUGACAAAUGUUAGUGUUCCUUUCAAAAAAUGACUGAAAAGAUUCACAGAAAUGAUACUGUAAUACAACUGUAUGCCGGUGAUGGGUUUGAAUGUUUGUGACCCCCAGAAAGAUUUCCUCAUCAUAUAGAAUUUGACAGUCUCGUGAGAAGAGUAUACAUGCCAGUCUGUGUGUACAUCUGAUGGAGUGAGUGUCCUUUCACCAAGGAUGGAGUUCUUAAGGAGACAGGGAAGCUGUGUUUUCAGGCGCUGCAUUUUCACUGUGCAGGAUUAUCUCCCUUAGUCCUUCCUGGAUCAGGGGUUCAAAUUUGACCUGAUUAUUUAUUAUGCUUGAUCUGUCAACAUUCAUACUUCUUUGUUUCACCAAGAAGAUCAUCACACAACAUCCAGGAUGUUUGGGGUUUUCCUCUAUCAUUAAGCUGACACGUAAACACUGGACGUAAUACUGAAGGUUUAUUGCAAGUCUCGCAUUGUAGCACAUUGUUUCCUGGGUUGACAGUAUGUACACAUAUGCACUAUGUAGAAGGUUAUAACAGCCACAGCCUUGUAGUCGUGCUUUUGUGAUUGUCAUGAUAUUUAGGUAAUGUACAUUCUAAAAUUGCAAGACUGUUAUGUCUCGAAGUUUGAGGAUGUAAUACAGCUCACCCCUGUUACACCAGACACCAUUGCAGACUGGCUCACUUCCACUGUAUACAGGGCCUGUGACAACUGAGUAAUCAAAAAUGUGUCUGGUGUUGUGCAUUGAGAGAUACCUGUGGCCUGUGGAAGGUGUGCAAGGGAUUGGUGUUGUGUAUUGAGAGAUACCUGUGGAAGGUGUGCAAGGGAUUGGUGUUGUGUAUUGAGAGAUACCUGUGGAAGGUGUGCAAGGGAUUGGUGUUGUGCAUUGCGAGAUGCGUGUGGAAGGUGUGCAAGGGGUUGUGCUCUGCAACAGUCAUUGAGUGCUAGUGUUAUCGAUGUUGUUUCUCCUCAUUGUUGUGGUGGUUAUUUAAAGGAAAACACUGUUUGGAUGACCAUAGCAUUGUCCUAAAUACUCGUAACAGGCAACUAGUUUGUGAGCACAGUUGAUACGCAGUAGUGUAAUUCGUGUCUACUGUAACAACAUUGUUUGAUGCUAGUACUAUCAACCACAGGUUUGUCGGCCAUCAGGUUGUAGGCCAUCUUGUUCACUACGCAUGAGAUAUUUAGUGAAAUGUUUUAUGUGAUGUCCUUGGUAGUUAUCACCGGAAGACUUAUGUGAACUUCUUUGUAAGGGCUAUCAUAAAGGUUUCUAUUGGUUGAGACUACAGAGAGUGCUUAUAUUUGCUGGUUUUGACAGUCAAGUGUGUCUGUUGUGUUUGUGGACAAGACAACGAAACUCAAUAGGACAAUGUUCAACAGAACAUGUAGAUCAUCAUAUCGUGCAUAUUCUAGAAAGUUAUAUUCAUCUGUUCAAGGUCAUCUGGUUCAAUGAUGUGCCACCUGUGAAAAUCCGGGUUAGAAUUGAUCUUCAGUAACCCAUGCUUGUCGUAAGAGGCGACUAACGGGAUCGGGUGGUCAGGCUCGCUGACUUGGUUGACACAUGUUGUCGGUUCACAAUUUAAGGAUCUUUCCAGCUCAUAACCCUUUUCAUGUUUUCUUUCACUGUCAAACUGUUUACAGUGGUUUCUGUUUGAGGUUGUCUUCAGGUACACAGCAUACACAUCAAAACUCGUGUUUUAUUCAAGGGUCACAUUAUUCUUUCUCUAAUGAUCAUCAGGAAUUGAGCAAGUCGUCUUUUGGCAUUAAAAAUGAUGAUAUUGUGCUA